UCACCUUGGUCACUUCUUCUCUCUUUCUUCCUCGGCGACCACAUUGCACUCUCCUUAUCCUCCCCUGCUCUUGUCUAUGUCAUGACAGAAAAUAAUCCUCCCAGAGGCUGUUUGAAUCGUUCGGUUACCAUCCUUCUCUCACAUCAUCCAUUCAUCAAUCGUAUCCAACACUCUUCCAACUCGCUUGCAUACUCUUCAGUACUCCCGAACGGGUCAUCGUACUCAACAACAACACAACACACCAUCCCCCCAAUCACCAGAAAUGCACAACCAGCAAAAGCUCAUCAUCGAUGGAAAUGCCACCCAGCCAGAGUUCCAAGUCCCAGCCUCGCGCAAGCCGUCAUUUAACACCGUCCUCUUGCUCUUCAUCUUCAUCAGCAUCCUCGCCUUAAACCUGCAGAAAUACCUCUCUUACCGCGAAGCAAGGCGCACACGCAUCGUGACCACCCGCCUGCUCAGGCUCGCGGACCAGACUCAUGCCCUGAUGGGGCGGGUGCUUGUGCGUCUGAAUGCCUUCUACGGAUGGGAACUCUGGGCGCCUCCUCCGGAUCGGGAGACUGUGGUGAGGUUUGAUGCAUCGGUGGAUGAGCAGAGGGAGGAAGAGGGAGGAGGCGGAGAGCCUGAGGCUGGUGAUGUUCCUCCGCCGCCGUAUUUUGAUGAUGAUGACGCCUGGCCUGCGGUGCAGGAAGCUGCAUCCGCUGGUCCAGAGAGUGAUGACUUGCUGGGAUCGCGGGCUUCGGAUGGGGAGGAGGCUCCAGCGCUUCAGCAGUCUGUCUGAUGGGCAGUGAGGGUUGGGAUCGACUAGACGUGUCAGUUCUCUUUUCGCCGCCAUCAUUUCACCCAUUGGCUGUGUUGACUUGAAGAGGGCAGGGGUGAUAAGUAUGCGCUUCAAAGGUGUGGUGAGCGCGGGGAUUGUGUCGAUAUUCUUCCUUCGUUGCUGGUAUUGGGACAGGGCUCCGUAGUAUCACGGCAUCGUGCACCGCAAAAUCGUUGUAUGAAUUUGUACCAUGCAUCCGCAAACAACUACUCAACCUCCUCAACAACCAUCUCCUCCUUCCUCUCCUCCUGCGGCAAGACUCUCACAACCCUCCUCACCGCCCCCUCCGCC